CGACAGUUGGCGCCAGACUGGAAAUACAAACGGGGCGACAAGAAGCGACAGUGGGCGCCAGCCUGGGGAUACAAACGGGGCGGCAAGGAGCGACAGUGGGCGCCAGCCUGGGGAUAUAAACGGGGCGGCAAGAAGCGACAGUGGGCGCCAGCCUGGGAAUACAAACGGGGCGGCAAGAAGCGACAGUGGGCGCCAGCCUGGGGAUACAAACGGGGCGGCAAGGAGUGA